AUGAAAGGUGCAUCCAAUGCCUCUGUGAUAUCGGAAGGCUCUGGAGAGCUCAGCGUCUGUGGUCGUUCGCACUCGAAGAAGAUUAAGUCUUUGACUUUGACAACUUGCAGAGCCUUUUUGUUCACCGAAGUGUUCGACCUUCAAUCCUGGAUGGACCAGUUUUUCACGAUGGUUUCAAGGUUUUCCUGUUUGGAAGACUAA